AUGCGCUUUCUUUUGUUGGCUCUUCUUGCCUCCUCGCUUGCCGUAGCGAGGGGGGAACCAACCCCGGCUGCCGACAGCUCCGAGGCAAAGCGCCCGGAUGCCGACAGAUCCGAGGCAAAGCGCCCGGAUGCCUACAGAUCCGAGGCAAAGCGCCCGGAUGCCUACAGAUCCGAGGCAAAGCGCCCGGCCGUCUCUGACCAAGCUGGACUGGGCUACAUGUAUGAAUACAAAAAGGCUAGUGCUUCUCUCGUUGAGAUGUGGAGGAAUUACAGUAGACUUGAUCAUGCCGUGCGCCACCUUCUGCGCGACUACAACGUGGCCGUGAAACAACAGAGGUAUCGGGAACUUGUUCAACGUAUGGCACGCCGACAGCAGCAACUGGAACUGAUGAUGGAACAGCACAAGAGGGGGGAACUGAGUCGCCACGUUGUCAGGGCAGAGAUAACCAGUCUAAAGGAGCUCAAGCAGCAGCUCACCGUCGAAUUUCAGGAGCUGGAGCGUCUCCCAAGCGAGCAGCAUCCAGAGAAGCUGCUAGAACUCAUUGAGUUUCACGAAACGCCUGUGGACCUUUCGAGCGCGUUGCGGUCCGAAAAUGCUUCCCUGCUGCGGAAGUCCCUGAAGGAAUGCUCCAAGCUCCUCCACAAGCUGGCUAAGAGACAGCAGGAAGUCUCAUUGCUCCUGAAAUCCUUAAAAUAUCAGGCGAAUUCUUCGGUGCACGGGGUCUUCGUCGCUCAAUCUGCUGCUAUCGGAAACGUUUUUGAUCCUGAGGCGCCACUGAGCAUUCACAUGCCAGUUGGGAAGAAAAUGUAA